UCUUGUCAAUUAUCGAACGAGAAUAAAUAUGAACACCGUUUACGUACGAUGCCCUACGAUGACCACGCAGUCGCUGCACCAGCAGUCCCUGUAUCAUCAUCGCAAUGGCAACGAGGUGUUUGUGCAGGAGCAGUUCUCGCAGAGGGAGUUCAUUACCCAACAUAUACAGCCGACCGUGUUCGUAAAUAGCCCGGGCCCUUUUGGUACCUAUGUUGCGGCACCGGCACGGCCACCCGUGGCAUACGAUGCGUACUCGAGUCAAUUCGCCUUUAGGCCGACAGUUAGGGGGCCACCGCCAGUCGGUUAUUAUUGUGUCAAUGCGGCGGCAGCCUCUUCGAGUGGGCGGUAUUUUUGUCAUCCAGAGCAACGACCUUGCCCCUAUCCGUCCGGAUUCAGCGGCCCCAACACACAAGAGAGCUAUGGGACCUAUUCGUCCGAUUCCAGCUCGUCACCACCGUCGACGUAUUAUAUAGCUUCCCAGACCCAAACGACACCCAUCAAGUGCACAGAUGCAGCCACUCAGUCGAACAUGGACUUGGAAGAGCUUGCUGGAUACAAGGAAAUGACUCAGAACUUUUCCGUGGACUCCGAAAACCCUGAAUCAUCAUCGACCUUCAUUUCGAUGGAACGUUGGGCUGCGAACUUUAUAAAUAAACUGGUCCAUGCCCAGGGCGAACGUCGUAACUCGGAGAUGAAUCUACCGGAUAAGCAUAGGGUGGACAUCGUUCAAUUGGCUCUCCAUGGCAGCAAUAUAUGUGCAGCUGUGGCCAAUACCCACAGCACUCGUCCGUGCUUCAAGAAGAUCGACACUUUGUGUGCCCGCCUCAAGCAGGAUCUGUUGCGUGUGGAUGGUGUGCUGGCCAACAUUAAUUCUCAGGGGAUUGCCUGGGCUGUAAAGGAUUUCAUCUUCUUAUUUACACGCAUCAUGAGUGCUUGGACCAUACUGAAGAGCUAUCUAUACAACGAUAUGGAUGGCAUUAAGAAACUCAUUGAUAUAUUGCCAAUGGGCUUUAUGCAGGUCUUUAAUACCUGGCAAUUGGCCACCAUACCAAUGAUUGAUAUGGUCAUUCAAAGUAUUGUUAACCUCGAUGCGGGUGCGCGUCCCCAGGCAUAUAGCGGUAAUGGCGGCGGCGGCGGCGAUAAUAGCCCUCCUGGUGGAAAUCGUCGCUGUCAUAGCCCCUCUGAUGAUGGCAAUAGACAUAUCUCUCGAAGCCGUCAUAGUCCUCCCAAGGGCAAUCGAAGCCGACAUAGCCCUUCGAAUAGCAAUCGAGGGCGUAAUUUUCAGAGCGGGGAUUCACCGUCAUACUAUGGCAGUGCCAACAGUCCACCUCGCCUGGAUAAACCCCCCACUGUUGAGCAGGGAGCUGAGGCAGGAGCAGAGGCAGCUGCUCCGAUUAACAAACCCAAGAGCUGUCAGAAUCUCAUUAAUAUGUACACGAUGGUCGAAAACUCUGAGGAGACGCAGCGCCAUGUCGAUGCGAAUGGAACUUAUUUGAAGACUGGCACCUAUCAGCCGCUGCAGAAGGAACCAAAGACGGAAAUAAAACCAACCACGUCAGAAUUUUUGAUGCGCGUGCCACCAGGAUUUAUGCCAAUGCCACAUCUGCAGGGAAAGUCCAAUGAAACGGUGGCCGAGGCCAAGCCCAAAGCCAUGCAGGAUUCGGCUGAAACUAUGCGCCAGCAAAGUACCGUUCCUGAAUACGCUCCUCAUUUCCAUGGAUAUGAUGUUAAUAUGGACAAGACUUUGCCCAUUUAUUAUAUGAUAAAUGACAAUGCUGAACGGCCCUCAAAGCCAAUGCCAGAUCUUCGUUCGGCUGUGAACGAUGCUGCACCGGCCAACCUAAAAAAUGCGGAUGAUACAGAAAAGCCCAAGCCCAAUCCCCUGCUGGAAAUCGAUCCUUAUGUGCCCUGCUAUGGUCCUAGUCAUUCGAGUCCACCAUCGACACCUGAACUAGAGACCUGUGCGAUGGAAAAUGAUGUUGCAGACACACCGUGGGAGGAAAAUGCUAUUCAGGAACUUUAUCCUUCCCCGGAAGCAGUGCCAAUGACUGAUCCGGAGACUAUAAAGAAAAGUGACGAUAAAGUAGAUGAAGUAGCGGAGAAAGAAUUGGAACCACAGUAUUUCGAUAAGAACACCAAAGUCCAUAGCCAGAUGAUGCUGGAUCUUGAACCAUAUGCCUCAAUGCUGGGCCUGGGACCCAAUGUGGCGACCGACAGUAUGAUAAAUAUUAAGCAGUUUAUGAAUCUCUACAGUCCGAUCAACACCGAGGUCACACGUGAUCUAAUCGCGCUAAAGGAGCGCGUCCUGGAACUUAAGAACGUGGCGCAUUUCUUUCAAAAGCGGUUUAUUCUGAACUAUUAUCCGGAUUUUUUUCGACAGUGUCACGGUGAUUUCAUUGAUCUAAGAGAGAUUAUACUCAAGUGCGAGAGCGGAAUGUAUCAUCAUACCUAUCAGGCUGUGCAUGAUCUACGACGUAUUGUAUUUGUGGCCCGUUGUUAUCUGAAGGUAUAUAUCAACAAAAGGCUUAGCGACUAUGUCGACUCGUACGAGUCAUCUGUGGGCGAAAUGUUGUCCAAGCCACCGCAUCAGCCGAAUGAACAUGAUCAUAUUAUUGGCGUACCAGGCGAGAAGGUCUUCAACUACGAGAUAUUGUAAGUGGGAGCGGGGAAAAACCAAAGCGCCGUUGAAAGUUAUGAAUUUUAGUUAAGCUUAGUUUAUAUUAUUUUAUUUUAAUUUAGUUUUUGUGGUUUGUGGUUUUUUAUUUGAAAAAAAGUAAAUUAAAAUUGCACAGUUAUUUAAGUUAAUUAAUUCAAAAUUUGAAAACAACAAAAUUGCUUUAAAGCAUGCCCAAAUGUAUACUGAAAAUUUUCACUCUUUUAUAUUGCUUGUCAACGUUAUAGUUUUUCAAUUAAAACACGCAUUUUACACUAAGGGUAAAAUUAUAAAAUGUAUAGAAAAAUAUAUAUUAAUUAUGCUAAGACACGCGUCCAAAGACCGUUAAAACAAAGAAUAUCGAUGUGGAUCGCGUGAAUUCUGCACUCGCGCAACCAUUCGUGCAGACCCUGUUUAAAUAUUUCUUUCAGAAUUAAUUUCAAUUUAAAGGUUCGAAUAAUUCUUUUAAAUUGUUGGGUGAAAAGUCCAAAAGAGUGCCAUUGAAACUAAGUCAUAAGCUAAAAAAACUAACACAGAGACUUGCUAUUCCUGGAUCAAUAUAAGGAUCAACAUGUCGCGUCACGAGGGCGUGACUGUACGCGAUCCACCGCGCUUUUCUUUGAUUUACCGACCGGAACAAAAUUAAAAAAAAAACAACUUUAAACACUUAAAACACUAAAAACUAAAAUUAAAGCGCAAUAACAUUUUUUGUAUAACACCAACUAUAUAAUCUGUAGGUUUUUUUGUUUU